GGAUCUGAUCGCACUGUUACAAGCGGGUCAUUAAUUAUUCUCACCAUGAGCGCAACGCCAUGUGUUGUCCACCAUAUCAUCUAUUCUAGCGGUCUAACAGGUUUACCGACUAGGAUCAUUCCUUUCGAGACAGUUCAUCAUUCCCUCGAAUCGAAGCUAUAUAAGAGAGCCCAGCUCCCAUCUAGGAUUCUCUCUCAACUCCAACGUCAAACAACUUUCCAACCAUCUUUAUUAAUCUGCUCUGUGACCACACCAAAGAGCUUCAAAAUGAAGUUCACCCUCUUCAUUUCCGUCCUCGCCACCUCCGCCCUCACGGCCCUGGCCACUCCUGCCGAGGACGCCAGCUUCACCAACCUCGAAGCUCGUGGUGACAGCGGAUGCUAUGCCUACGAGAACCCCGACUGUGGAAUUGACACCGCCUACUGUGUUUGUGCCAACGACUGGUACUACCUGUACAACCAAAGCGAGGACGGCUGCAACCCCCCUUGGGGCAUUGUCGCCAAGGACGAGUCUGAACUUCCUGGAUGGACUUGCGGUUGAAUGUGUCCUUAAUGUGGACUCUGUGUAUUUCCUUUUCUGGGGGUUAUUAUUAUUCCCACCGAGCAUGACCUACUGCCAACAUAGAAU